UAUUGUUGUUAAGUCAAAUGGUCAAAUGUCAAUUGUCAACAAAACUAUAAUAAUAGUAAAUAAUGUCAUAUGUCGUGCUGUUUUGUUAUUGCGACGUUUGUCGACUGGUGAUAAUAGAUUAAAAAGUAUACAUUUGAACCAUAAUACUACGAAGGAGUCUUUAUUUACUAACCUGGUGUGCUUACAUCGGGAUUUAAACUUUAACAAAAGAUUAUCUUGUUUUGGACAUUCUAACAUCUCAAAACCACAACUUACAAGAAGUAUUAGCGACAAUAUAAUCAAAAUGUCUACAAGUAACACAGAUUCUACCCAAACUGAAAAACCAAAACACACCAACAGAUUGAUUACCGAAAAGUCACCUUAUUUGUUGCAACAUGCCCAUAAUCCUGUAGACUGGUAUCCAUGGUGCCAAGAGGCCAUAGAUAAAGCUAAGAAAGAAAACAAACUUAUAUUUCUAUCUGUGGGGUAUUCUACUUGCCACUGGUGCCAUGUAAUGGAAAAGGAAUCAUUUGAAAAUGAGGAUGUGGCCAAAGUAAUGAACGAGCACUUUGUCAAUAUAAAAGUAGAUCGAGAGGAGAGACCUGAUUUAGACCGUGUUUAUAUGCUUUUUGUAAUGGCAACUUCAGGGGGAGGUGGAUGGCCAAUGUCUGUUUUUCUUACACCAGAUUUACGACCAGUAACAGGUGGCACUUAUUUCCCACCAGAAGACCGCUGGGGACGACCUGGUUUUAAAACAGUCUUGCUUUCCCUAGCAAAAAAAUGGAAAGAAAACCAAGCACAGUUCCUUGAAGCUAGCAACAAUAUUAUGAAUGCAUUAGAGAACAUUGCUAAAGUUGAUGUAGAGGCUUCAUCAGUACCUGGCGAGGCAACAUGGAAUAAAUGUGUACGACGAUAUAUGUCGUCAUAUGAACCAGAGUUUGGAGGAUUUGGGACUGCUCCCAAAUUUCCACAAGCAUCCAUAUUUAAUUUUUUAUUUCACUACUAUGCACGAGAUAAAAAUAAUGCUGAGGGGAAAAAAUGCUUAGAAAUGUGCUUGUACACUUUGACUAAAAUUGCUAAAGGCGGAAUUCACGAUCAUGUUUCCAGUGGAUUCGCUCGUUAUUCUGUAGAUAAUCACUGGCAUGUUCCACAUUUUGAAAAAAUGCUUUAUGAUCAAGCGCAAUUGAUGAUUGCUUAUACAGAUGCUUACCUUGCAACAAAAAACGAGUUUUUUGCAGAGGUGGUACGAGAUAUCGUAAAAUACGUAAACAGAGAUCUACGACAUGAUUCCGGAGGUUAUUACAGUGCAGAAGAUGCCGACUCAUAUCCAACUUUCGGUGCACCUCAUAAGGAAGAAGGAGCAUUUUGCGUAUGGGAGUAUAAUGAAAUAAAAUCCCUCCUAGGAGACAAACACAUUGGAGCUAUUUCUUAUCUAGACAUUUUUUGUGAUUACUUUGGCGUUACAGAGAGUGGUAAUGUAUCACCUGGAAGCGAUCCUCACGGAGAACUUACAAAUAAAAAUGUUCUUAUUAUAUAUGGCAGUAAAGAAGAAACAAUGUUGAAUUUUGGAAUUUCUCAAAAACAAUUUGAGAAUGUAAUAUCUGAAUGCAUUAAUAUUUUGUAUGAAGAGCGAUUAAAGCGACCUCGGCCACAUCUAGACAGUAAAAUCUUGUGUUCUUGGAAUGGGCUUAUAAUAGCAGGAUUAGCACAAGCUGGACAAGGUUUAGGAGAAAAGUCUUUUGUUGACGAUGCUAUUAAUACAGCAGAAUUUAUAAAAGAACAUAUGUAUGACCAUAACAAUAAAACACUUCUCCAUUCAUGUUACAGAGGUGAUAAAGGUGAUAUUGUUCAAACUAAUCAACCUAUUCAGGGCUUUUUGGAUGACUACGCUUUUCUAAUUAAAGGCUUACUGAAUUUGUAUGAGGCAUCCCUUGAUUUAAAAUGGCUAAAUUGGGCGCGGGAAUUACAAAUUAAGCAAAAUGAACUAUUUUGGGACCAUGAAAAUGGUGGAUAUUUCACCUGUUCCACUGAGGAUAGUACCGUCGUUUUGAGGUUAAAAGAAGAUCAAGAUGGUUCAGAACCUUCAGGCAACAGUGUUUCUUGUCACAACUUGCAACGUCUCGCCGCGUACUCAGACAAGAAUGUGUCGCCUGAAGGAGGAAAAGACGAGAUGGAAAUGGCAAAGAAACUGCUAAUAGCAUUUUCAAAGCGUUUGAACGAAUCUCCUACGGCACUGCCCGAAAUGAUGUCGGCGCUAAUGUUUUACAAUGAUUCUCCUACUCAGGUGGUGAUCGCGGGCGGCGGCGCGGACCCGCGCACGCAGGCGCUGGCGCGCGCCGUGCGCUCGCGCCUGCUGCCGGGCCGCGUGCUGGCGCUGGCCGACCCCGCCGCCGCCGACGCGCCCGCCGGUAUGUCCGAGGCGCUGAUGGCGCGCAUCCGCGCUGCUGGAGACGUGCCCACAGCGUACGUGUGUCGCCGCUACGUAUGCUCUUUGCCCGUCACAGACGUCAAGCAGCUUGAAGAUUUACUUGACAAAGCGUAAAUAACUAACAUAAAUAAAAAAAAAAAACUUCCGGACUAACUUUUAUUUAUUAGUAAUGUUGUUUAACUCACCGAGCACAUCGAAGUAUCGUCUACUAGAAGCAGUAUAACGUAUUUACACUAAUAUUACUAAAAUAAUAUGUUAGUCUGGCUAAUGAAAGUAGAAACUGAAAAACGCGCCAAAUAAAUAAAAAAAUAUCAGCAU